AUGUUGUUGGAGGCGUUCCUCGCUGGGAGUGGUGGUAGUGGUAGUGAUGCGGGAGGGUCGCGUGUUCGGAAUGCUGCCAAUGGGCAUAGGGAGAUGGAUAUUUUGGACACGUCCAGAUUCCUGGAUCCGCUGAAGAAUCAGACCCAGACUCAGACUCAGGCGCAGACGCGACCAUUUACUCGUCAACGGCAGGGCGGGGCAGGUUCGGGUGUCAACGUCAGCAAUGCGGCUGAAAUGGAUAUUAUGCGUUCGUUGGUAUCCCUGGAUCCGAUGCAGACUCGGGCUCAGAUCCGCGCUCAGACCCAACAUCCCACUUGUCAACAGCAGGACGAGCUUGUCUUUGACCUUGACAUGGCUCCUCCACCUCCGUUGGCUGAGUAUCCGUGUCCGUAUCCGGCCCUUCCCGAAGUAGAACCCAAUCCGGAGUUUGAGGAAAUGCUCAACAUGGGCGUGACGUCCAUGCAGCCGACACUCCAACCUGGGGUCGAGCAAGCGGGGAACGCAGAGGUGAAGGGCAAGGAAGAGGAAAUGCAGAAAGGGGAGGAAGGGCAAGAAGAAGAACAAGCAGACCAAGACCAAGAAGAACAAGGACUCGUGGACCGCGACCUGGACCAGCACCCAUAUCAAUACCACAAGCGUGAUCUGGUCGACACGUGGCUGAGUGAGGUGUUCGACAUGGACAUGGACAUGCCUAUGCCUGGGUGCGCGUACCCAUAUCCUGCGUCACACGAGGAGGUGUAA